AUGCUGUGCCGGUCGCAUAAAUUACUUUCGCCUGCAAACUAUGUUUUUCAAUGCCUCAAUUCAAAAUUUGCAACGAAGUCUUCCUCAUCAAAUCUGUCGAAAUUACGUAAGGUGACUGGUCAUCCAUUUGGAUUCUGUCGAGAAGCUUUAGCUGCCUGCGAUGGGGAUUAUGAACGUGCUCUGGGUUGGCUACAGGAAGAAGCAACAAAGCGCGGCAUGGCCAAAGCAGAGAAACUCAAGAGUCGUCCAAUGUCGCAGGGCCUAAUCGGCAUGAUUUCAACAUCGAGGUGUGUUGCUGCUGUGGAAGUGAAUUGUGAGACAGACUUUGUCGCUAGAAACCAGGAGUUCCAAUCUCUUGUUGCAUCGACCACGGAGUCACUAUUCAAAAACCUGUUGUCCGCGACACGCGAAUCAGGUACUUAUCGUCUUUCUGAAGAAGUUCUCAAGACAAUUCCUUACGCUUCAUCUCCGAAGUCCAUAUCUGAAGCGCUCGCAGAAGCUGUUGCGUCACUAGGAGAGAACAUGGCGAUUCCUCAAGGUGUUGGAAUGACUCUUUCCGCUGACAAAGCAAAUGAGAAAAGCCGCCUGAUGGCUUAUUGCCACAUGAGCACUGCCGGAGUAAAAAAGGGUGUCCGUGACGUCCAGUUCGGAAAGUAUGUCGCUAUCGUGCGAUAUCGUCACAUCAAUAACUUGAAAGGAACCUUAGCGUGGCAAGAACAGGCGUCUCGUGUCAGCCACCAGCUCUGCCAGCACAUUGUCGGAAUGAACCCACGACCUGGUGUGUCGUUUGACGACACUCCACCAGCCAAAAACCCAGACGAGGAGAGGUGUCUCUUGCGCCAACCAUUUCUGCUUGAUGAGUCCCUCAGCGUUGCUGCACUUUUAGAACAAAACGAGAUACUUUUAGAGGACUUUGUCCGCGUUGAGUGUGGCCUCGAAAACGAUUGA